UUGGUAAAAUCGUAAAGUACAUCUUGCGCGGUGUUUUUCUCUCACCGGCACAGUGAGCUCAGCUUCAGGGCGACAGCAGACGCCGAUUACCUCCGGAAAUGGGACCGCCGAAGGGAGCCACGCGCACAAUAUCGCAGCAAGCAUUCGAUGAAAUGGUACGGGAAAACAUAGAUGACCUCGGCAUGGACCCUGCCGAAGCUCUCGAUGACGCCAUCCAGACGCUUACUCUGCAAGGUGUCGAUCUUACAGGUAUUAUCACUUGCCUACCUGGAGAAAGCAAUCCGGUGAUCGAGUGUUUGGGAAAGUUAAGAGAGGAAAAAGCAUUUCCUGAAAUUUUGGAUCCGCUGAAUGAAUUGAAUGUUUUGUGCAAAGAUAAAGGAUCGGGGAAUGCGUCCAUUGCCUCGAAAAAUGGAGCAGUGGAAUUGUUGAUAUCUAUUUGUUCUAAGCUGCGGAAGGAGAGUCAGGGCUUGGCAUCCGCGUUGAAUGCCCUUGCUUCGGUUAUUCAUGAUCUUCAAAGUUCAGAAAUAUUUAAGGAGAAUGGUGGCCCAAGGAUUAUUGUGGAUAUCCUAAAAGGUGAAAGAGGUGAUGCAAACACCUUAGAAGGUUGUUUUGCAGUUGUUGCUGCUGCUGCAACUGGCAAUGAAGUUCUGAAGGACUCAUUUAUGGACUUGAAAAUUGAUGAGCUAAUAUUCCAGGUUCUCAAAGAACGAAACGUUGGGACUGUUCCAAGCAUAUAUGAUGCCAUACGAAUUAUCUUGACAUCUGAUGACAAUCGUGUUUUGGCAUCACAAGUUUUUGGAUAUGCUAGAAAAUUCUCUGAGUUGGGAAUUGCAGAGAUUCUUGUGGACUCUCUUCGUGAAGAAGCUUCUUUUCCCCAUCUUACCUCAGCCGCCAUUGCUCUGAAAUCUGUAGCUGUCAAUGACGAGAUUUGUAGGUCUAUUGCCAGCGCUGGGGGGAUUGAUGUGAUUCUCAACUGUAUUGAUAAUAGUGGUUUACUGGGAAACAGUGGUGUAGCGAAAACCUGCUGCUCUUUGUUGUCUAAGCUUGCUGGAAGUGAUGCCAACAAGGCUGCUAUUGUCGAAAAGGGAGGCAUGGAUAGGCUUUUAAACCUCUCAGCAAGAUUCUCUGAUGAUCCCUCUGUACUGCAGGAGAUCAUGUCCAUCAUUUGCACUCUGUGCUUGAGGUCCAUGGAGAAUUCAGCCUGUGCCAUGGAGUCAGGUGCUGGGGACCUUGCGAUUCAAGCCAUGCAGAAGUUCCCAGCCUCAGAUCAACUGCAAAGAAAUGCUUGCUUCAUGAUCAGGAAUCUGGUUGUUCGAAAUCCAGAGAACCGAAAACUUCUGCUUGGAAAUGGGAUCGAGGAAUUAAUCAGAAGGGCAAAACAAACCCACAAGAGCUGUAAAGAUGCAGCCACUGAUGCACUCAGGGAUUUAGGAGUGAAUAAUUAUAACUCCUGAGGUCACCCGCCAACCAGACAUCUACAUACAACAUAGUUAUGCUGUUGGUGGGUGUUUUCAUUGCAUGACUAGCAAAUCGAAACAAGCUAUACGUAGCUAGCUUGAAAUUGACUCAAAACUCCAAGAACAUUCUAUUGUUAAUUGGGUUUGGUAAGCUUGUUUGGAAUCUUGGACUUGAGCUUGAGUUUUUAUCAUUGAGUAGUAUGAACAUUCAGAAACGGGCUGUAUCGACAGCAGGCUUGGUCUUAUCUUGUGCCAUAUAUUGUGGAAUUGAAGAUCUUGAUUAUUAACAGCAUAGAUAGCAUGAAAUGGGGCUUCUAACAAGCUUUACAAUAGUAGAUUUGUGGUCCAAUUGGGGAUUGGAAAGCAGUGACAAAGAAGAAUUGACAAAAGCUGCAAGAUUUCACAUGGUCAAAGUCAAACCAAUCGGAUGGAAGGAAUCUCUUCUCAUGCCAUGCCAUGCCCAG